UGAAUCCCCAUGGAGGUCAGUGCACAUGCAGUGGUCAUCUUCCAACACCGAGCGUCCAUCAGACUCUGGAGGAGAUGGACUUUGAGAGAGGUGCUUACAUGCAUUUAUACACACACAUUCUCACCGGCCACUUUAUUAGGUACACCUUACUAGUACCGGGUUGGACUCCCUUUUGCCUUCAGAACUGCCUUAAUUCUUCAUGGCAUAGAUUCAACAAUUUACUGGAAACAUUCCUCACAGAUUUUCCUCCAUAUUGACAUGAUAGCAUCACACAGUUUAUGCAGAUUUGUCGGCUGCACAUCCAUGAUGCGAAUCUCCUAUUCCAUCACAUCCCAAAGGUGCUUUAUUGGAUUGAGUUCUGGUGACUGUGGAGGCCAUUUGAGUACAGUGAACUCAUUGUCAUGUUCAAGAAACCAGUCUGAAGGGCGUCACACACCGGAUGCGCCGCGACACGGUGCACACAUGACAGUUGAAAGUAUCGCACACCAGACGCGCACAUUCGCAUGCUAUUUUAAACAGUUAACAGUGUCCUGAGUCGUGAAGAUGCCAUCAGUAGAUGGGUACACUGUGGUCAUGAAGGGAUGGACAUGGUCAGCAUCAAUACUCAGGCAUUUGGUCAGCAGCGAUGGAUGGAGAUGUGGAGAGAGUCCGGAUGCUUAUUAAAAAAGGGACUGAUCCAAAUAUGAGGGACCAGGCAAACUACACUGCUUUGCAUUAUGCUAGUCGAGCAGGUCAUGUGUCAGUGUGUGAGCUGCUGCUGGGCUGCGGGGCCUGUGUGAAUGCUCAGACUCAUGGCGGGGCGACGCCGCUUCACAGAGCAGCUUACUGCGGACACCACGACGUGCUGAAGCUGCUGUUAGAGCGAGGAGCAGAUCCAGGCCUUACUGAUGACGAUGGAGCUACACCCCUGCAUAAGGCUGCUGAACAGAGGAGUUUUACAGUUUGUGAGCUGUUGGUGAACCGCUUCUCAGCUUUGCGGGAAAUAAAGGAUAAAAGAUCACGAAUACCUUUCAAUCUCUGUCCAGAGGAUGACAACAAUUGGAGGUUUCUGAAACCAGCACAAUGACCAGAUCUAUUACAGUUUGUAAGGCCUUUUCAUGAAGGAAUAUGAAGAACCUUUUCAAAGGCUGUGCCUUGUUAUUCAGUGUGUCAUAUGCAUGGAACAAUGGAUCAUCCCUGAUGGUCACAUUAGACUUUUGUGAGCCUACAAGAGUCAAUCCAGUGCCAGCAAAUAUGACCAGAUCAAGAAAUAAAAGACUGCGAUGCUAA